AUGUCGAGCAGCAUUUCGACACUAAGUACUGGAGUCGGCAACGAAGACAGCCACUCUAGCACUAGCAGUACUGGCUGCGAGAGGGCGUCGUCGUUGUCGACGUCUAUGUUGCGCAAAAGUACUGAUGAGGAGUUCUCAAAGGAGGGUCUACGAAAAGAUUUGAUUCCAAAACAUAUUGCAAUAAUAUUAGAUGGAAACAGGAGGUGGCUUAAGGAGCAGGGAAAACCUCUUGAUUAUAUGCCCUUCUUUCAUAUUAAUCACCUUUUUGCUGACCUUUGCCUCAAAUGGGGAGUUAGUGCUGCCACUACCUUCAUAUAUUCAUACGACAACUUGCAACGAGGCAAAUCUUCAGGGAACUUAAAUUCUAUUUCAAUUUUAUUGCAGGAAGCAAACGAUCUAAUAUUUGGGCAGCUUGAGAGAAUUCUAGAGGAUAACUUGGAGAAUUAUAUAAGGAAAAAAAUACGUGUGUCAUUGAUCGGAGAAAGGAAAGAACUCCCAAAAUCCUUACAAAAUGUGGUCAAACAUGUAGAAGAAGCAACAAGUAGGGAACCAAACGCGCAGCUGCUGGACUGGAGGCUAGCAGUCUGCUAUGCAGGAACAAGAGACAUACUGCAAGCCACUAGGAGGUUUUGUGAGAAGGCCAAGGCUGGGUUGAUUGAGCCCAAUGACAUCGACGCUGCCUCGUUCGAUCUCGAGCUUUCGACUGCUGGCACCCCUACGCCUGAACUGCUCAUCCGAACUGGUGGUGAACUCCGUCUUAGCAACUACUUGAUAUGGCCACUGGCCCUAGCUGAGUAUUAUUUCCUCCCAAUUCAAGCACCUGAGUUUACUGAAGCUCACUUCCUUGACGCUUUGCGCUCCUUUCAACAAAGGGAUAGGAACUUUGGCAGGUGAUUGGAUUUGAUAUAUGACUCAAAAUCAUCAAACAUAAAUUUGUAAUACACUUGUUGGAAUUGCCAACAUUAUAUCUCUUUAUUUAAUUGAUAUCUAAUAACCACCUAUAAAAAUAAUAUAAAAACUUCAUUUGUUGAA